CUCAGCUCAGCUCAUUGUCUCUAGCUUUUUCGCUUUUUUUUUUCUCAAAGAAUCGAGAAAAAAUAGGCAGAGAGGCCAAAAAAGAUAGUAGAGAAAACCUCUCCACGCUUCUUCAUUUGCGGUCUCGGAGCUCCCCACAACACAGAAUGCAGGUUCAAUGAAGAAAAUUUCAAAUUGAAAAUCAUGCAUUGCUCUUCUAGAAGGCAAACAAGUAUGAGUAAAGAAAAUGAACCCAUAGAAAGUAUUGAAGAGCCAACAGGAAGAAUUACUCGAGCACGGGCUAAAGCACAGAGGGGAGCAGAAGGAAUGUGCUCUUCAAAACCAUCCUUCAAGCAGGACCAAAAAUGUGUUCUUCGGAUGAACUCCAAACGUGCAUCAUCGGAUGAGAACAAGACUUGUGUGGCUGCCACUGUUGGCCUUCAGCCUAAAAGAAGGGCAGUGCUUAAAGAUGUAACUAAUGUCAGUGCUAAUGGUAUGCAGAUCGACUGCUUAAAUGUAACCGAAAUUCAGACCUCCAAACAGACCAUCAGAGAUCCUAGUGAGAAGAACAAAGAAAUGGUUGAAAAUAUCUUCAUAGGGAUUCCAUCGGUUGAAGAAGAUGUGAAAGCAAAGUUAGCUGAAGACUUAUCAAAAAUAAGGAUGAUGGAAGCACAUGAAAACGGUUUACCAGUAAAACUGAAUGAAAGAGGUGUACCGGAACCUACGUGUCUUGGUGCAAGAGAAUAUGCUGUAGAAAAUUCAAUGCUUCCAAUACAGGCUUUUACAAUGCCUUUUGGACACCAAAGCCCUAAAAGGAAAGUAGCAGAUGACGUUUACAAGAAACUAGGAGUCUCGAAAGAUGUUGUGGAUAUUGAUUCAAACCUAAAAGAUCCUCGAAUAUGUAGCUUGUAUGCCCCAGACAUAUACAAUAAUAUACGUGUUACCGAGCUUAACCGAAGACCUUCAACUAAUUAUAUGGAACAGGUGCAGCGGGAUAUUACCCCAAGCAUGCGAGCGAUUUUGAUUGACUGGUUAGUGGAGGUUUCUGAAGAAUAUAAGUUAGUCCCAGACACACUGUACCUCACAGUGAGCCUCAUUGAUCGUUUUCUCUCUCACAAUGUUAUAGAAAAACAAAGACUCCAGUUAGUUGGUGUUUCUUGCAUGCUAAUUGCAUCAAAGUAUGAAGAGAUUUGCGCACCAAGAGUGGAAGAAUUUUGCUUCAUCACUGAUAAUACCUACACAAGUAGAGAGGUGUUGAAAAUGGAGAGAAAAAUUCUGAAUUUCUUGUAUUUUCAGUUAUCUGUUCCAACCACAAAAACAUUUCUUAGGAGAUUCAUUCAAGCAGCACAAGCAACUUACAAAGAUCCUUGUAUAGAACUAGAAUUCUUAGCAAAUUAUUUAGCAGAGCUGAGUCUUGUUGAGUACAACUUCUUGAAGUUCUUACCUUCACUCAUUGCUGCGUCCGCUGUAUUCCUUGCCAGAUGGACCCUCAAUCAAUCAGUCCAUCCAUGGGAUCCAACCUUGGAGCAUUAUACUAGUUACAAAGCAUCAGAGCUGAAAACUACAGUUCUUGCACUGGAGGACUUGCAACUCAACACUAAUGGUUGCUACCUCAACGCCAUUCACGACAAGUACAAACAACAGAAGUUCAAAUGCGUGGCGACAAUGAGUUCCCCUGAAAGAGUUAUAUCAGUGUUCUCAAGAAGAUAGUGAAGGAAAGUCGGUUUGUCUUCUAAAAACGUAAAACCAUAACCAUUUUAAUGUUAUUCCUCCCUGCCACUGCUCUGCUUGGAGAAUCUUAUUCCAAUCUUAAAAGGAUCUUACAACUUUUAGUUUUAUAUAUAUAUAAAAAUCUUAUAAAUUGUCCCUUCUUCUAUUCAAUCUUUAUGAUUGUGUAAGUUGUAGCAUUGUUGUCUUACAGGUUCUGGUGCUUCCAGUUCCAGACAAACUUCACUGUAACCUUGUAAUUUGCUAUUGCCACACGUUUUUUCUUUUAAAAAUAAAAAUAAGAAUAAAAAUAAAAAUAAAAUCUUGGUUUAGAACUUCCUUUCUCCAAUGGGAACCGGGAAGUCCUAAACGCUACAAGUAUUUUUAUUUGAUUACUGUAUUUAUUUCAUUUGCUAGGUCGGUAGUCGACAAUGAAAGAUGUGUUUGUUUUA